CAACCUCGAAUUGGCCCAGCAUGUUGGGCCACGAUAGGAUUGGAGUGGCCUUGAGUCUUGCAAUGGUAGCGACGACCAUACUCACGAGCCACAUUGCAGGAGGAAUUCUCACAGGCUAUGUCCCUCCUAUCAAUGUGACCAUCGUCGGCCUGUACCCUGUGACAGGUUCACUUGCCUCUCCAGGACAGGAUAUUGCAUCGGCGGCAAAGCUGGCUGUGUCUCACGUAAAUGCCGAGCCGCUGCUCCUCCCAAACACUCGGAUUAUUCUGGAGGCUGUGGAUACACAAGCUAGUGCGGCUCAAACAACGUUGUCGUUGCUGGCUACGUUGAGGAACGUUCAGCGCAUUGUGGCUAUCUCUGGAGCAGCAGUGUCAUCGGUCUCGCGAUCUGUGCAGAACAUCGUCUCAGUCUUCAAUAUUCCGAUGAUCUCGCCAGCUUCAACAGCAGCUGUACUCUCCAACAAGGCAUUGUAUCCUACGUUCAUGCGAGUUGUUCCGCCUGACACGCUCCAUGGCUCUGCAACAGCGUCGACAAUCAAGAGCAUCGGCUGGCGGCGAAUUGCAACAAUCUUUCACGACGACGACUACGGGAUCUCGUCGAGCCAGUCUUUGGUGACCAAGGCAGUGGAGCUCGGCAUCGAGGUCUCGGCGCAGAUCUCGUUUCCGUUUGGGACGACCGACUUUGUUACUGUUGUUGACGCAAUAGAAAAGCUCUCGGACACGCACGUCCUGUUCAUCGCAUGCUACACUUUUGAGGCUGUGGAACUCUUUCGUGAGCUCAUCAAGCGUGACCUGACCACCGGGCGGUUUGUCUUCUUUGGCUCGGAUUGGCUCGUCGACGAGUUUUUCGAGUCGGAUCUGGACCAAGACAAGCUCCACGGCCUGCUUGUGCUGCAAUACCUGCUUGAUUCAUCGCCGCUGAUGGAUGCGUUUACCGACGAGUGGGAGACGCUCAACUCGACCGAGUAUCUCGGCGCCGGCGACCGUACGUACAGCCAGUUUGCACCGCUCUCAUACGACACGGUCAUGACUACGGCGUACGCGCUGCAGGCUGCGAUCGACGAUGGCGUCGAUGUGUUUGACGGCCAGGUCCUGCUUCCGUAUAUGGCACAGACCACGUUCAUUGGGCUGACCGGCAACAUCAGCUUCGACGUCAACUACGACCGUAUCUCACCGCUGGCCAUUCGGAACUACAAGGGCGGCGCAGCAUUGCAGACGGUCGGCCAGUGGGACACCGCGUCGAACUCGCUGGUAUUUACCGACUCGAUCAUCUACCCUGGCAACAUGACACGGCCGCCGCACCUCCCUAUUGUGGCGUCGCCCGAGUCUGACAAGCUUUUCAUUGUGUUUGUCACGGUCGGCGUGGCCAUCAUUGUGAUGGCGGCGAUCAUGCUCACUGUGAGUAUAGUGAUCAUUCGGCGGCGGCGGGCGCAGGUUGCGUCGCUGGAAGAGCAGAACAAGCAGCUCAACCUGGAGGCGCGGGCACUCAACUCGCGGCUGGACGUGCUGUCAGAGCAAACAGCGAUGGCAUCUGGCCGGCAGAGCGGGCCGGUCAUUGACAUGCCAGUCAAUCAGGUGCUCGGCCUCUUGUGGCGACUGCAAGGCUCUGUCCGCAACCCCAUCGACGUCCGCGACAUCAACUCGGCCAUCGAGGCCAUCCAGUCGAACGUCCUAUUCACACCCGAGACCCGCGACGACGCCUCGGUCUCUUCGAACCGCGACAACCUUACCCGUGACUGGAUCCGCAAAACGCUCAUCGGAGGAACUGGGCCGGCUGCGGCCGGAACCCACGGUUCGGCCUCGUACACCCGCAGAGGCUCCCACGUCCGGUCCGGCUCGCGGAUUCUGCUCCCGAUCUCGCCCUCCCCGCCCUCCCCGCUCGACUUGGGCGUGUCGAGAGAGACUGCGUUCAAGCCGGCGCCGCACCUGGCACCACUGCUGGAAAACCUGGCGUCGCUAGAGUUUGACAUCUUUGCGCUCGCCAUCCGCGACACGUGCACGCUGCGAUCGGUGUUUUUGGCCAUCUGCACCGAGAAGCAGCUGUUCACCCAGCUCGGCCUCGACUCGUCGGCUCUGGCACGGUACAUGAUGGUGUUGGACAAGGCGUGCGAGGGCAUGUCGAACCCAUACCACAACGUGCUCCACGCCGCGGACAUGGUCCAGUUUGUGCACUUUCUCCUCUCGACCUCGGGCCUGUACGCGGUCCUCUCACCGCUCGAGUCGUUCGCUGCGCUGUUUGCGGCUGCGAUCAAGGACGUGGGCCACCCCGGCGUCGACUCUUCAUACCUGAUCAAGACCAAGUCGGUUCUCGCCAUCCGGUACUCGAAUCGGUCUGUGCUUGAGCAGCACGCAUUGGCGAUGGCAUUCCAGCUCGCCCUUGCCGACAAGUUUGACGUGUUUGCGCCACUGAGCGCCAAGUCCUUUGCCGCCUUUCAUGAGCUCGUUGUCGAGCUCGUGAUCGGAACCGACAUGCACAAGCACGUCGAGGUUAUGUCGCGCUUCAAGAUUGCGUUCGGACUCGGGCGUGAGGGCGGGUCGGAAGCAUUACCGCAGCAUGGCCAGGCACCGCUCCAGGGCUCGCAGCUGUUGGAAGGCAUCCAGUCGAACGCCAAGCUGAGAACGAUUGUGCUGCAGCUGAUUGUCAAGAUGGCGGACGUGUCGUAUCCGUCGCGGCCGUGGGCUAAGGCCAAUUCGUGGGCGCACCGGUACUCACGCGAGGCGUUCCAGCAGGGCAAGCAGGAGCGGGCGCACGGGUUGGCUGUCUCGCCGUUCAUGGACGGCAUGGCGUCGUCGGUGGCCAAGGCGCACGUGUCGAUGAUCCGCAUCGUGGCGCUCCCCAUGUUCCAGGCCUGGUGCGAGCUCUUCCCCAUCGACGAGUGCCUUGGCCACAUGCGACACUGCCUGCGGCACUGGUCGUCGGCGUCGACUGACGAGAUGGAGCACGCCCACGAGACGGCGCUCGCGGCCAUGGACGCCUUUGACCGGACAUUCUUUGCCUCGGACGGCGGCUCGCCGGUAGUCACCAACGGCGGCAUGCAGAAGAGCACGCUAGCGCCCAACCAACCCAACUACAUCGAGUCGGUCAUCUCAGGCCUUCUCGACGUCCUUGACGACGAUGAGCUCUGUGAGGAAGAUGAGGACAACGAAGCGACGCCGGUCGCGAGUGGGGCCGAUGCGGACAUCGCCGUUGCUCUUGACGCGCACGGCGGCGAGGAAUGAAGCACACAGCCCUACUCUCGGUUCUGCAGCUAUCAUAGUGUUAAUCGAACCAGCGCUUCUUCUUCUUGCCACCGGCAGAGGCGAGGACGGCGCGGAACUCGUCGACCAGCGAGCCACCGGCGUUGUUGCCACUCUCA